UUCCUGCCUAGGCACCAGCAGCUGAGUGAGAGGGUGCGGAAGCGGCUGUAUUAUGGUUGGGACAAAGACUGCAGCUUGGAUAAUCUCUCCAGCCCUGUACUGGAUAUUGCUGUGGAGUUGCUGCAGAAAGUGGCUCCUAGCCCUAUCCGCAGACUCCAGAAGAAGUAUGUGGCUCACGUAUCUCGGGAAGCUUGCAUCUCCCCCUGCUCCAUGAUGCUGGCACUGGUUUACAUUGAGAGACUCCGGCACCGGAACCCUGAAUACCUUCAGCAGAUCUCAUCUUCAGACCUCUUCCUGAUCUCCAUGAUGGUUGCUAGUAAGUACCUGUAUGAUGAGGGUGAGGAGGAGGAGGUGUUCAAUGACGAGUGGGGAGCAGCAGGGAAGGUGGACGUACAGACCAUGAACACACUGGAGAUGAACUUCCUGAGCGCCAUUGACUGGAGUCUCUACACGGAUCCCCGGGAGCUGUUUGAAGUGCUGAGCUGGCUGGAAGGACGUGUGGCAGAAAAGCAGGGCACGUGGCGUGGCUGGUUCACCUACACGGAUCUAUGUGUCCUCAUGGAGCAGUCCAUUUGGCAGCACAUGCUGGGCCAGUUCUACCAACAAGUGGUGAAGCUGGCCUGUCUCCUGGGCGUGGUGUACCUGACUGGCUUCGCUGCUGUCUUCGCCUCCGUCACUGUGAUGCACCGGUCUGUGUGCAUGAGGAGUGUCAGCCCUGCCGCGCCCCGGCCAGCGCUGUUCCCCGAGGAGAGCAGCUGCCAGCUGGAUGCCCAGCCAGCCCCUGACCAGCCCCAGCCCGAGCUGCCUGACAUCUCUCCAGCCAGCAGCACCCAUUGCCUGGGGGAGAACAAGACAGCUGAGGAGCCACGUCGUGGGGCUGUCACGGCAACUGCACUCUACCUGUGGGGCAGUGUGAUGACGGCUCUGUCCUACCCAAAGGCGCCUGAUCUAGCCCAACACAGGAGCCCCCUGCAAGGCCCCUUCCGGAGAGUACCCACUGCCUGUGAGAGAUCUAACCGCACUGCCCACAACACAGCCCCAGGCCAGUCUGGCCCCUUUGGACUCGCCAUGCUCCCAGUUCUUCCAGCGCUCCACUGUCAUGUUUGCUCAGCCAGUGCAGGCCCCACGUGGGAUGCAGUCUCCAACCGCAAGGACUGGCUGGACCCCCUGGGGCUGAGGCAGUGUUCCUUACACACUGCCAUGGAUCUCAGCAGAAUCAAGAGCUUCAUUUUUCCCAGUUAGGAGCACAGGGAAGCACCCCCUUUCCCCUUCCCUCCUAGUGUGGCACAACUCACUUCCUUGCACUUCUGGGACCCC